CACUGGAUUUAUAGACAUAACAUAAUACCAAAAACAAUUAAGAAACACACACACAAAACACGAUAGAAUCAAAAUGGCCAUUCCUUCUAUUUUCCUAAACUUCUUGUUCCCACCACCGCCAUCGUUGUUCGUGACAACAAUGUCGGUGAUAGGUAUCUCGUCACUUGCAAAUGCCGGAUUCAUGGAAAUCAAAGGCAAACACAUGCAGUAUUCCAAAUUCUUGAACGAAGGUGUUGCAAAGAAAGAGAACGGGGCGAAGUUGUCUAGUCGAAACGGGAUGCUUCUGGCCUAUACACCGGCGUUUGUUGUGGGAUUGUCUUCUUUGCUCGCUUUCCCUGAUCAGGAUCUUAGAUUUUUGUUGCUUGCUUCAUCUCUCACCGUUCAUUUCUUGAAACGGGUACUUGAGGUGUUAUUUCUUCACAAAUAUAGCGGUUCAAUGGGUAUAGAAUCUACAAUUAUCAUUACGUUAAGUUAUACUGUCUCCACUGCAACAAUGAUUUAUGCUCAAUAUCUAUCACGAGAUUUACCCAAUCCUCCAAUAGAUCUCAAAUAUGUUGGAGUUGGGUUGUUCUUGAUCGGCAUUGUUGGAAACUUUUACCACCACAACAUUCUUGCUAAUCUUAGGAAGGAGGGGGACAAAGAAUACAAAAUUCCUCAAGGAGGGUUAUUUGAUUUGAUCAUAUGUCCACACUAUGUCUUUGAGAUUUUCGGUUACGUAGGAAUGUCUUGCAUUUCACAAACACCUUACGCUUUUGCUUUCACUUUAGGUACAAUUUGUUAUUUGAUGGGGAGGAGUUAUGCCACACGAGAAUGGUACAUAUCGAAGUUUGGGGACAAAUUCCCUAAGGACGUUAAGGCUUUUAUUCCAUAUGUUUUUUAGAUGGACGUAUAUGAGAAUAUUAGAUUAAAUUUGUGUUUUGUGGAUACAUUUAUGUUUCUAUGGAUCUUUGGCAAUUAUUAUCAUACUGUAAUACAAUGAAGUUAGUUUGUUUUGGGUA